AUGACUGAAUCCACAGUUGCUCUGGAAGCAACUACUCCUACAAAGGAUACUAAUGCAGCUGUACCCACUCCGCAACAGACACCACAAGAGAUACCCCAACAGAGAUCUCAGCAGGCAUCCCAAAAGCCACUGCAACUGGCAUCGCAACUGGCAUCGCAACUGGCAUUGCAACAAGCACCGCAAUAUAAUCCCAAGAUAAUUACGUCGCUAGACUGUAAGUUACUACAAUACGAAUACGGAGUACAUAAAUUAGAAAAGUUCAUUGCUAGCUUAAAACGAUUGCAAUCUUCAACUACAGGAAUUCCAUUGAUUCAUUAUAUCGUCUUGUUAACAGGAAGUGUCUUUGCAAUCAAUGACAAAGCAUUUGAUUCCAGGUUUCACAAAUUGUCCAAUUUUAAACCCAUUCAAAUUGGCACCAUUAACAUUGCGGCAAAUUUGUCUCACAUUCCUUAUGAUAUACCUGAUUUACCAGUACUGGCACUUGACGAUUUCCCAUCCCUUGAAGAUACGCUAAAGUGUUUGAAACAAGUUGAAGUUUUGAGUACCAUCUGUUUGAAUGGCUACAAAAAGAGGCUUGAGUUGGCUAAAAUUGAAAAGGCAAACACGUCAAAGGGUUCCAAUUUCGACACAUACUAUUCCAAAUUGGAUCACAUUAUUUCUCAAGAUAUAUUCCACCAAGACAUUGAUCUACAAUUGAAUGAUGUGUCUUUUCCAUUAUCCAAUGAUGAGCUGACCAACAUCCAACAUUACGAAGAAGCCUCAUUAAUUGAUAUGGAUCUCAAAGAAUUGUUUGUGAUUAUACAACAAAUGGAGAAACUGUUGGUUAAAUUGAAACCCAUGAUUGAAUCAUUAAAGAAACCAAAAGUCAAUGAUUUAUAUGCAGUGCACAAGAUUUUCCUUCUCACUUCGAGAUUGAAUGAAAUUUACACCAUUGUACGAAGAUUCGGAAGGAAAAUAUAUCUUUCCAAUCAUGAACAUUUAGUUGAUUCCAAGUUUCUUUAUCAUUGUGCUAAUGCAGCAUAUUUCAAGACUAAUAUAUUGAAAAAUAUGGAUGACUAUUACAACUCAAUGAAGAAGAAUGGUACUCUUAUUGCCAACAUUACGAGAUUAAUACGUCAAGAUACCAAGCUAGAGAUUAAUCCUAAAAAUGUUAGCACACAUAUAAAUUUUGUCGUACAAGGUCUUAAUGUGACUGAAAAAGCAUUGAACGUAUUGAAGGAGUUUGGGAUAAGCUGGAUUGUUGCUGAAAAAAAAUUUAGAACUGUCUAUAAUCUACCCAGAGAUAACUUGGACAAGAUUUAUGAGACUAUACCUGAGUUGAAACCAAAACCACCUCAGUCAACAGGUGCGCCAAAAACGCAACAACCACAAGCUACAAAACCUAAUAAUGUUCAACCUUCAGCCAUGGAAAGGCACUUAAAGACUUUAGAUUUGAAUGACAAUGGUGGUGGUGGUGGCGGAAGAAGAUCACGCUCGUCUUCAACUUCGAGUGUUACUAGUAAUGGCAGCAACACAUCAGUUCCAUCCUCGGGUCUAAUGAGAAGAGGAUCAUUGACGUCGCCUAAUAAGGGACUUGGAAAUUCGAGAGUCUCAUCGCCAAGAGCUAGACCAAAUUCGAUGUUGUUUCAGCAACAACAACAUAAUUCGUCAAAUUCAAGUCUCGAGAAUGGAAACGUUGCAGAUGGGAAAGCAACUGGUGGUAAAGCAAACUCCACUCAGGGCCAAAGCACUUCAACUCAAGGACGUCGGAGAUCUAAUUCGCACCCACUAGCGAAUGAAACUAUAGCUACAUCCGGGGCAGCUGCUGCUUUGAAAGCCAAUGGUGCCAAGGUGUCUUCUCCGCACAAGCAACAGCAACAGCAGCAACAAGAACAGGCGCAGCAGAAACAGCAGCAUCAACAAAAGACACAACGGCACCCACUGUCAUCUGAUACGCCCAAUAACGUACAAUCAGUGAAUGGCGACGCACUGAGUGCACAUAGUUCACUCACAAAGAAGUUGAUCGCUGUUAGUGAAGAGCCAUCGGAGGAUGCUGUUCAAGUAAAUGUAAAGCGUUCAGCAUCUCAAAGAUUGCAACAACAUAUUCGAGAUGCAGCAAAGUCUGGUGAUUUGAUGACCACUCAAAGAGAGACAUUCAAUUCCGUUGUUUAUGAUCCUAAUCACACUUCUGAGCUCAACAUGAAAAGAUACGUUGAAAGGCCGAAAGUGAGUGAAUCACAAUCACCAGAGCCAACAGUGCCACCACCUCCUUCUGGUGCAAUCCCAGCAGCCGCAUCAGCAAGUACGCACUCACACCAAUUGCAUUCCAAAAAUCCAGGACACCCUGUUCGUAGAACUAGAGAUCAAGUCACGCGAAGCAAUACACAGCGCAAUAGUUUCAUUCCCGAGUUCCCACCCAAAGCGACGUCAGAUAGUCAAUCAACAUCGCAAGACAACUCAUCCAAUUCUACUGCUGCGUCCAGCUCCACGUUGGGAAGCAGUGUAGAUCUGACACAACAGCCAGCACCAGCAACUGCCUCUUCUACUACAACUACUCAGACAGAAAUCACCACUGAUACAAUUUCCGGUUUUGAUGAUCAAAACACCUUAAUUGUGGGCUCGUCCAAUGAAGCAACGUCGGCAACAGCGACUACAGAGGAACCUCCAGUCAUUAAAAAGGUUAGAUUUACAGGAGUACCAGAAUGGACGGCUGCUGAAGAUGCACCAACGAAGUUUUCGCAUGCCAUUUUAAGAAAUUUUGCCGUUUUCAGAUCUCCGGCAAAAGCUAAUAAAGAGCGUAAUCACUAUUUCACAAAGAGUGAUCGAUUGUUACAAGAAGAAAGUUUAUCAUUUAGGGCUAAUCAAGCUUUAAAUGAAGGUGAACCUGUUUUGCCAUCACAGGUUAUGCCCCCAGCACCUCCAUCAACUACGAAAAAGGGGUUGGGUUUGUCGUCUAAAUUUAGAUUCAAACUGCUGUAA